CUCAUCCACCGGGGCAGUACUAAGAAACAACUCAAACAGUGAAUACAAAACACAAACUCGAAAACAAAGACUAUUCUACCAUCAGCAUUAAUAAUCAUCACCAGCUUUUAUGUUCGCAUUACAAUAACUAGAAUAUUGUUAAUUUUAAGGUUCAAGGUAAAAGAAGUAGUGCUCGGUAGCGCCGGAAAGUGAUUCCUAGUCGAUCAGUUUCGGAAUAACUCGACGCAUCCAAUCGGCUACGAAUCAAUAUUAUUAUUCAGCUCUCGGGCUAAAAUCGGUGUGAGUUUAAAGUGAAGUAACUAUCACCAAGAAACAAAAACCUCAAAAAAAAGUAUCAGCGAUAGUACAUUUGUGAAACAUCCGCCGAAGAGCGAACACUAGGUGUUAUUUUUCGGUGUUUGGUGCGAAACUAGGAUCUGAUUCACCAUGCCUCCAUCGCGCCUGGACGGACUGUACCGAUCGCUGCUGUUGACUAAAUUUUUCUGCAAAGGUUGGGGCAAACCGGAGAAUCUCGAAAGACUUUUCGAAUUCCGUAAGAUCAUCUCGAAUCGUGCGGCCUGCUCGAAGCUAGUACCGCGUGACUAUCCGGUCGAAAUCACCAAAGAGGAGCUGACCUCCGACUGUAAGAUUAUCGAGGGCAAAUUCAAAACACCACUGGAAAUCUACCUGCCCGGACUGGUACCGGAUGUGGUUCAGGAUGCACACUUCCAGAUGCUGCUGCCGCACAAAUGGAACGACGAACGGUUCAAGCCGAUGUGCAUUCAUCUGGCCGGUACAGGUGAUCACUACUAUUGGAAACGACGUAAUCUAAUUGCCAAGCCUCUAUUGAAGGAAGCUAACCUUGGGGCUAUUAUUUUGGAGAACCCGUUCUACGGGAUGCGCAAACCAAAAGAUCAAAAAGCUUCAAGUCUUCACAAUGUCUCGGAUAUCUUCGUAAUGGGUGGCUGUUUGGUGCUGGAAUCGCUGGUUCUGCUCAAUUGGUGCGAGCGCAACGGUUACGGUCCCCUCGGAAUUACCGGUCUGUCGAUGGGUGGUCACAUGGCGUCGCUUGCGGCCACCAACUGGCCUAAACCGUUGGUUGUGGUACCGUGUUUAAGCUGGUCGACCGCUUCUGCCGUCUUUACCGAGGGUGUCAUGAGUCAUUCGAUCAAUUGGGACGUGUUGGAGACGCAGUAUUUUGCCGAUGGCAAAUUCCGAGAGCGUUUGUCCAAAAUGGUCACCGUAGUAGAUGAUGCAUUCGUAGCUGGUCAGCAUUUUGUGCAAAAUUUCAAACAAUCCGUCCAGGAACUGAAAAAAGAUAUCUCGGACUCAAAUCAUCUCGUGAGCGAAGAUUCCCCGAACAACGUGAAUCUAACGGUAGUUCGUGAAACUACUCCCGAGCGAGAGCAGAAGCGAAUCCAAAUUAACCGUAGAAACGUGCUAAAUCUCUCGCAGCCACUGCUAGAUAAAUUGCUGUCGAAUGUCAAGUGUGAGCUCACCCAGGACGAAAUCGAUGAACUGAAUAUGAAAAUUCAAAUUGCAGUCAAAAACUACAAAGCGGAAAAUAAGACUGAUCGCGAUGAAAUGAUUCUGGAGGUAAAGGCCGAGGAAGUAUUGGAAACGGCCCCAUCCAAAUCACUUGGAACGAAAAUCAUGGAGUAUAUCAGCUGGGGAAGCAAUGGUAGCACAGACGGAACGCCACCCGUAGAGAAGCGAGAACCGAUCGAUACAACAAAAACCAGAUGGUGGGAACGGGAAGCACUGCAAUUUAUGCGCGGUAUGAUGGAUGAGUGUACCCACCUGAAAAACUUUACCGUUCCUUAUGACACUUCGCUAAUAAUCGCCGUCUGCGCCAAGGAUGACGCGUACAUUCCACGUGAGGGUUGCUCUAGUCUGGAGGAUAUUUGGCCAGGAGCCGAAAUUCGCUAUUUAGAUGCGGGGCAUGUGAGCGCUUACGUGCUGCAUCAGAAACUGUUCCGAUCGUGCAUUGUCGAAGCGUUCGAACGGGCUCGGAAGAAGUGGAUACCGGAGCACGAGCGUUUUGAGGAGGUCAAUCGUAACCAGGAAGGACCCAAAUAAACUAAGAAAAUCUCUUUUAACCCAGGAGGGAGAAAGGCUGUGACGAAACAUUUACAUUGAACCAACCAAAAAAAGAGCAAAAUCGAUCAUAAAAAAUCCAAGUCAUUGCAGACAGGUAACCCUAAACCGUGGAAGCAACGUGCUGCUUUCGGUUUCGAGAAGGCUCCCAAGGGUCUAAAAGAAUGCACUUGGCACAAAAAAAGAACUGACCGAAACUGUAAUUACUACGAAGAGAGAUCAUCUAAUCUCGGAUAAGCUUAAUAUUUUGAGGAAAGCUAAUGCACCAUUUAGGAGUGCGCUUUGCGUCUACUUCCGAUCCGGAAGCUGAUAGAGGAAGCGUCCAGCGUGACGGUAAACGCCAUACUGCUAGGGGAAGGUUGUCGAGGAGCAAGGCUUGAUUUUUGAGCAAUCAGUAUUUCAAAGAAAACUAUGUUUAAAACCACGCUGCGCUUGAAUUUUAGCUGAAAAUCAACACAUGUACAAUUUCCAUACAUAAAUACAUUCAUUGUAGAAAUAAAAAAAACUUCACAGGUAGCGCCAAGCGCUGCUGAGGUUCA